AUGAACGACGAUGGGCUCCCAGAGCUGUCAGAACGCGCCAGCUACUAUCUCAACCCGCAAUCCAGCGAUCUCGCCCUCGUCACCGAUGUCCAGGGCUUCCCCGCGCACCGUUUCAUCGUGUGUCGCCAGUCCAGAUUCCUCUCUCGCGCCGCGAAUCAGAAACACACACCCUACCCCAUGGAGGGCGCCACCAAACCAAUCUACCUCCGCCACACAGCUCCGUACCUCCUGACCAAAGUCCUCGAGUACCUCUACAAAGGUGACUACACAUUCACCACGAGCACGAUCCUGACAGCCAUCGACAAGGGCCUGCUCCGCGACAACUCGGCCGUGGUUCCCACACCCGACACUAACCCGCCCACCGCCGCCGGAAAAGACGCUCUCGCCCACCGCUACGUCGCGUGUUUCCAUGCCAAGAUGUACGCCCAAGCUGAGUACUUCUUGAUUGAAGGCCUGCAGACCCUCGCGGCCCACCGCUUUUCCACCGCGCUGUGGGCGCUCCGGCAGGACGAGGACGGGUUCGCGGCCGCCAUGGCGGAGCUGUACGACCGCCGCUCGUGGAACUACGUGCGCCUACAUCAGCGGAUUGUCUCGGAGCUCUUGCACAAUCAGGCAAUCUAUCGAGCUGGGCCGGGGCUCAAGGGCAAGGGUCUCACGCCGCAGCUGUUGGAGCACGUGCCGUGUCUCGGACGGGAUCUCGCGUUUGUGGCCAUGGAUGAGGUGAUGAGGCUACGGCGUCGGUUGGGUGCGGCCGAGCAAGCGCUGAAGGCUGUGCUGGAAGAGGACGAUGAGGAUUUGCGUGAGAAAAAAGCGAGAUCGAGUGGGUGA